AUCGCCAUUUUUCUUUCUCCUUUCUUUCUCCAAUCCCAUAUCCAUAAUCAUAUUCACCGCCGACGAUGGACAAUCAUCAACACCUGCAGCAACACCCCCCGCCGCCUGUCUUCUCAAUGACAAUCGCCAUGCCAGGACCUGCACCUCCAAGGUCCUCUCCACCAGCGGAUGGUUCAGACGCACACCAGGCAGCCGACAGUAACCAAGGACCAGCCCAGGAGAGCACUAUCUACUGGACAUUUCAUAUAGGCCCGGGUUCGGUUCGUAGCCCGAAUGAUAAUCAAUCGUCGAAUGAGCAUCCUGCCGUCCCCGGUCCCAAUGGCCGAAGCGGCGAACCUCGUGGUCCGGCCGAGGGUGGUGGUGAUGCCAACAACAAUGCUCCUCCACCUUGGUUGUUUCCACCCUUCUUCCAAUUUUUGAUGCCUCGUCGGGAACCUCAACCGAAUCCCGAAAAGGCCGCCGAGCUCCUUCGAUCAUUACCCACCGUCGGUAAGCGUCUGCUGAACAGGGUAAACAACGUCGUGGCUGCGCAAGACAUAGACAGCUAUGAGGACGACGAUGAUAAAGGCUGGAAAUGUGGUAUCUGUCUGGAAGGUAUACACAAAGAAAAGCUCGAAAAGGGUGAAGGCAAGGCAGUAGGGGACGGGAAAACGGAAGGCGAGAAGGAGGACAAGGGAACAGGCGUGAAGGCGUUGCCAUGCAACCAUCUAUUCCACGGUGACUGUUUGGAGCCUUGGUUCACCACGCACCACACAUGUCCUACAUGCAGACUGGAUCUCGAUCCUUUACAAACCCUGAACAGCCCUUUACGUCCAGGACCCGCUCGUAAUAACUCUUUCCGACCAGCUCGCACUGGUGCAGGGCGCUCCACAUCAAAUGCUCAUCCAUACAGUCGCGAUCAAAGUCGAGAUCAAAGUCGAAAUGGCGAAAGAGAUCAGAAUGACACUGCGGGUGAUCAAGUUUCUGCAGAUGCUUCCGGAUCGGGCGAUAAUUCAAGGUCGAAUACUCCACAAGAAAGAGGUCAGCGAUCGUCUCUCACCCCUCAUCUUUUCAUCUUCGCAGGUCCCAACCACCCCAGGGAACCACAGCAAGAACACAGCCCGGAGGCGGCCAACGAUGCUGCUGCUGUUCCCCAUGACCCAACUUCUCAACCAGCCGAGCCACCUUCUGCGAAUGUGCCGACUGGCGGAGAAGCUCCUACGACUCCUGGAGGAAAUUCCCGACCCUCUGCGUCUCACAGACCUUUCUUUGAUCCGGCGGAGAUCCUAGGAGCCAUUUUUGGUGGCCCCCCAUCGGCGUCACCCUUGCCUAUGCAUAGGCAUUCUUCCCCGUUCCCAUCCUCACCUGGGGAAAACGCAACUCAGAGCUCUAAUGUUCCGCUCUCAGGCAAUACCGGGUCCACUCCCACAUCACAAUCCGGAGGCUCUGAACCCCAAGACGCUUCAUCUGUAGAGUCCCAACCUGCCUCUGAACAAUCUGCCCAACCGCCUCCUUCUGAUCGCCCACAGCCUGAGCGUCGAGCGCAUAUUCAGAUAAUACAAGAAGCUCUUGAGCAACUCCCCUUUAUCUUCAACAAUCAUCCUAUUGUUCCUCCGCUGCCUACGGCUUUCCCCUUCCCAGGAAUGGUUCCUGUAGGAGAAAGACCAAGUACGCCUAAUGCAGUUGACCACACAACUGAUGGAUCCACGGCGGGGGCUCCUUCUAAUGGUGAUACCGCGACUGCCGCAGACGAAGCAUUAGGCGCUGGACAGGCGCAGAGCCAGACCUCUGCCAAGCAGCCUUUCGUCCCACAGUCUCUCGAGAGCUGGACAGAAGAGAAAGAGAAAAGCCUUGGUUGGAGAUGUGAUGCCCCCGAGUGUGUAUAUGGUCCUUCGACCAGUGAGGAAGAUGACGAUUCAGACGGGUAUCCUCCCACUACCGAUGAACUUGAGGAAGAUCAGAAGAACAAGGAGAUGGUUAGCAUUUUUUCCGCAGUCCAACCCCCUCUAUCAUCUGCAGAAGCGAAGGAGGCGCACGAGAAUGAUCACGACUUCACGCUGCUUGCCUGCACACAUCGAUGGCACAGGGGUUGCCUCGAAAUUGCGGAAAGGAGUGCAGGGCGUAUGUCUAAAGAUGACGGAGAGGGUAGGAUUUGGGUAAGAUGUGAAAGAUGUAGAAAGGAUGGCUGGAUCCCUCCUGUUGCAGAGUCGACUGGAAGUGGAGUUGGACGAAAGAGGAAAGAGGCGGAAAUGACUGUUUAAUGUGCGAUGGCGAUUCGCUGUGGUGGACUUUCCUUGUGUAGGGAUCGUUGUGGUGUAGCAGAUAGCAAUAAGAGAGUACCUUGUAUACGUUAUGUUUUUUUGUAUAUUAGACCGUCAAAGCUAUCACAGAUACCAUGCAUCAUACCCGUCAUGCCAAG